GGCAGACUAUUAGGUCCCAAAACCAAACAAAACAAAAUAAAAAGAUACCCACAACACUACAGUGCGCAAUACAGAGACAGAAAGCUAUGUUCAAGGUAUGAUAAAAGAGAUCAUCAACCCACAAAGUAUAUCAAUUGAGAGAGAGAGAGAGAGAAGGGGCCAAAUAGCCAAUACUCUUCAUCACAAAUCAAAGCAAAGAUUCUUUCAGAUAUAAAUAUAUAUAGAGAGAGGGAGAGAGAGGAAGAGAUAGAGGAGAGAGAUGAUGUGUGGGAAAAAGGAAGAAGAACAAGGGGAAUGUUCUCAAAGUAUCCAAAACAACAUACAAAGCUACCAACAACAAUUACUUCUUCAACACCAUCAUCAGAUGCAGCAACAACAACAACAACAACAACAACAACAACACAACACAAAUGAUUCAUAUAUAGGAGGUAUGUCAGCAGGGAUGAUCUACCAAGAAGAAAUCUCUCCAAUCAUACCAUGGUCUUCUCUCCCACCGGGUCAUUCCUUAAACCCGGUUCAUUUCUCCUCGAACUCGGCCCGUGAUCACGACCCAUUUCUCUUCCCACCUCCACCGCCAUCACCAUAUGGAGGUUUGUUUGUAAACAGGAGACCUCAGGGUCUGCAAUUUGCAUACGAUGGUUCAUCAUCAUCGGACCACCACCUCAGGCUCAUAUCGGACACGAUUGGUACGGUGGUUCAGCCAGGCUGUUCAGCCCCGUUUGGGCUCCAAGCUGAAAUAGGUAAGAUGACUGCUCAAGAGAUCAUGGAUGCUAAAGCUCUUGCUGCUUCUAAGAGCCAUAGUGAAGCUGAGAGGAGGCGUAGAGAGAGAAUCAACAACCACCUUGCUAAGCUCCGCAGCUUACUGCCAAGCACAACCAAAACAGACAAAGCUUCAUUGCUAGCUGAAGUAAUACAACAUGUGAAAGAGCUCAAACGCCAGACUUCUGUAAUUGCCGAGACAAGUCCGGUCCCAACAGAGGUUGACGAGUUAACAGUUGAUGCAUCAUCAGACGACGACGGUCAGUUUGUGAUCAAAGCUUCACUGUGCUGUGAGGACAGGUCUGAUCUAUUGCCUGAUCUCAUAAAGACAUUGAAAGCUCUGAGACUGAGAACACUUAAAGCUGAGAUCACAACACUCGGCGGACGAGUAAGGAAUGUAUUGUUCAUUACCGGGGAUGAAAACUCCAACAGUGGCGGCGAGUCUGGCGACGAACAACAACAACAUCAGUACUCUAUAAGUUCAAUUGAAGAAGCACUUAAAGCAGUAAUGGAGAAAACAAAUGGGGAUGAGUCUUCUUCAGGGAGUGUGAAGAGACAAAGAACCAAUAUGAAUAUCCUUGAACACAGGUCUCUUUAAAUUUGCUUUGUCUCACUCACUUUUGUUUCCCCUCCUUUUUGUAUGUGCUUUUUUUGGGUGUGUUUUGUGUAUUUGGUGUGUGAUUAGAAAAAGUCUAAGUGCACAGUUGACUUUCACAGAAUAGGCUGUUGACGUGAGAUAAAAAGAUCGGUUUCGCAAGAUCUGGGCGUCAUGCGUGUGACUUAUUUUAUGAAUUUCAUCAGUGUUCCAAAUACUUUGGGUGUGAUCUUGUAUCUUCAUCACUCGUGAAAGAAAGAAUUGUUAUCUGCUCAAAAAAAUAUAUUUGAAAAAGUAUUCACAAUUAUAAUUGUAAUGUCUGGUAUAUGUGUAACUAACAACCAAAAUGAGGCUUAGGGGUUGGUUUAGUUCAUAUAGUUUGAUUUAGGUGUUUUGGUGGGUUGAUUAUGUGGGGAUUCAUGUAUUUUAAUUUUCUAGUUAAGUUCUUCUUAACUUUUUUGUUUAAAAAUUCGAGAGGGUUAAGGGUUGGUUGUUUGGCUGCGAUAGCAGUAGUAGGGGUAUUUUUAUAUUUU